AUGAGGGACGAGAGUCUCGAUCCCACGUCGACAUCGGAGCCGGCCCCCAUGCAUCCACCUGUGUCUGAAGAGGCGAGAGUUCGUGCGCCCGUGGCCACAGUACGCCAAGAGGCCACGCAGCCAGUGCCAGUGCCCGGAACAGCGACAGAAGCGGUCGCUACCUCCAAGGAAACGGAGGUGUCGGCGCCAAGAGGGGAGUCGGCGUUGAAGCGGACCUUGCAGUAUGUCGAGGCCGACUUGAUGCAGAUGCUCUCCUCGCUGCCUAUCCCGCUGAACGGUGUCCUGCCCAAGGUGCUGGUCAGGUACAUGGCGCGUGUUUUACACCGCGGUCGCUUCCUGGCGACCGAUAUUCUCUACGAUACCUCACUCACCAUUCUUCGCUCAAUUCUAAUGAUCUUUCUUCGAGAGGUCCAGCCACGCUCGUCGUGGCAUAUUCCCUCCAAGGGCCCCCUUAUCUUUGUCUGUGCUCCGCACCACAACCAGUUCCUGGAUCCCGUGAUGGUGGCUUCAGAGGUACGCAAGGUCGGGCGCCGCGUGUCGUUCCUUAUUGCGCAUAAAAGUACGAAACGUCCGUUUGUUGGUCGUCUUUCCCGCAUGCUGCAGUCGAUCCCGGUGCAUCGAGCCGCGGACGAAGCCAAGGAGGGCGAGGGCUGUGUGACUGUGCAUCCGUCCGGUGACCCAUACAUGCUGCAGGGUAUCGACACCCAUUUCACGAAGCAACUGGAAGUAUACGGCCAAAUCGUGCUGCCGAAAGAAACCGAGUAUGCGUCGGUCCAUGUGGCCGAGGUUUUGAGCGACACCGAGGUGCGCCUCAUGAAGCCAUUCACAGAUGCAGCGGCGCUCGAGGCACUGCAGGGCAAGAUACCCGCGUGUGGUACCACAGGCUCGCAGUACAAGUGCUUCCCCCACGUCAACCAGAGUGAGAUGUACACGAGUGUAUACCAGCAGCUGUCGAAGGGGGGCUGCCUGUGUAUUUUUCCCGAAGGUGGCAGUCACGACCGCACCGACCUGCUGCCGCUCAAGGCGGGUGUCGUGAUCAUGGCGCUCGGUGCGAUGGCCAAUGACCCGAGUCUGAACGUGCAGAUUGUGCCUGUGGGUUUGUCGUAUUUCCAUCCGCACAAGUUCCGGUCACGCGCCGUGAUCGAGUUUGGCGUGCCGCUGAACGUGCCGCCAGACCUUGUGGACCUGUUUAAGAAAGGCGGUAACGAGAAGCGUGAGGCGGUUGCGAGCAUGCUGGACAUUGUGUUCGAUGGACUCAAGAGCGUCACGGUGCGCGCGCCCGACUAUGACACCCUGAUGAUGAUCCAGGCUAGCCGCCGCCUCAUGUCGCUGCCCGGCCAGCACCUGAGCCUGGCCGACAAGGUGGAGCAGAACCGCAAGCUGAUCAUGGGCUACAUGCAGUUCAAGGACCAUCCCAAGGUCGUGGCGCUGCGCGAGGCCGUUGUCACCUACAACAAGCACCUCAAGCAAGUGGGCAUUCGCGACCACCAGGUCGAGCGCGCGAACCGCUCUAUUCUUCGCAGCUUGGCGCUGCUGCUCUAUCGCCUAGGCCUGCUGUGCUUCUGGGGCGGAUGUGCGCUCCCGGGCACGGUGCUGAAUGCGCCCGUGAUCAUCCUGGCCAAGGUGGUGAGCCACCGCAAGGCCAAGGAGGCCCUCGCGGCAUCCCAGGUGAAACUGUAUGGCCGCGAUGUGCUCGCGACAUGGAAGGUGCUCGUGUCGCUCGGCGUCACGCCCGUGCUCUACUCUACCUACGCAGCCCUUGCGACCUACUGGGCGUACCGCGCGCGCCUGCCGCUCUUGCACAAGCGCCUGAUGCCCCUGUAUGUGAUGUUGGGUCUGCCGAUGCUCAGCUACAGCGCGAUCAAGAUCAGCGAAGUCGGCAUGGACGUGUACAAGUCGCUGCCGCCGCUCAUCGCGUCGCUGCUGCCAGGCCGCCGCCGCGUGAUUGAGCGCAUUCAGCAGGAGCGCGUCAACUUGACCUCGCAGCUCUUCUCCACGAUUGCGGAGCUGGAGCCUGAGGGCUGGAAUUACAGCGAUAUUGCGCGUGGCUCCUACACAGCACAGGCGCCCCCGCGCCCCGAGGAGCUCGACCAGCUGAUGAAGCAUGGCAGCACGAUGUACUCGUCAGGCGGACACUCGCUGUCACACCCGAUGAACCUCGUCGACGAGUGGCUCUUUGGGUGGCGCACGGCGCGCAACAAGGACAAGUGGGGCGCACACCGCGAUGAGGUGAGCGGCGAUCUAGGUCCUGACUACGAGGAGGCCAUUGGCGUGUACAACCAGCGCGCCUCGGACGCCGAGACCGCGGCGUCAUCGUCCGACAAUGCGCCGUCGCUGCGCCGUCGCCCGCGGCGCCGCGCCUCGCAUGAGUACCGCCAGCGCGUCAAAAAAGGCACUCUAGAGCUCGAAGCACUCACGCGCGAACAAGAUAGGAACACAUCGUAG